CAUAGAGGUUGUCUCUCUUAAACUUCACACACUACGACGUGGAAGUUUAUUAAAAAGAACAUAGAGAAAAAAGCCGGUUAGUUUAUUCGCUUGGAAACGGUUAAAUCUAUUGCAAUUUUUAAAAUAAUUGUUUCUUAGAAAACAAAAAAAAAUAAUAAUAAUAAAUGCAACGGCAAUCUAAUAACCCACCGAAUACUGUAGAGAAAAUAUAACGCCAAAUUGGAUUUUAAUUGUGUCUAUUUUCAUGAUUUCGAAUAUUUAUUGUUGUUGGCUUCCCUGUGUAUGAGACAACGUAAUCAGGUUGUUGUUACUCCUCCAAAAACGUAUGACCUAAAUUUUGGAAAAACGACUUCUGCCAGGGAGUCUGCGAUUCGGCGAAUGUGUGUGUGUGUGUGAGUGAGUGAAUGUCUUUGGCAGUGGUAAUAUUUUGGCCAUAUUUUGAGUCCUUGCUCCAAACUCCCACUGCUGUUUAAUAAGUGAUAUUUCGUUCGACAUUUCUGUGGCGCACACAUCCAACCCCUGGUGUUGUAUGUCCAGUCCGUGUGCCAUCCAGCCAGUGUACUUUAUUUAUAAGCGGAAGGAAUAUACUUACAUGUCCCAUGGUAUGUGUACGUUUUCUUUUAAAUAAUGUGAUUACGUGCCGGUGAACAAGUGAGUGUCAGUCAGUCAGCCAGUCACAUUUUUCAUACAUUUGCAGCGCUGUAAAAACCCAUCAUUCACAUCCUUGCCACGAAACAAAAAACGGAGGGAAAAAAAAUACAAAGUCACGUGUCAUAAAAAGUCAUUUAAAUUUAUUUAUUUUAAAUGUGUUCUUGUGUCGUGCUGAAAAAAAAGGAUGUACGAUUGAUUGAAUUAUAUGGUGUGAAAAAAAGUUCGUAACAAAAUCACUGAAAUUAAUCAAUUGAUGUGGGUGUGUACGUGAAUAUAAAAGGAAUAUCGAAAGUUGUUUUUUUGAAAACAAAAAUAAUAUUUAAUGACACAUUUCUGAAGAAUUCUGGAGGCCUUAUCAGACAUUAAGCAGAUACCAAGACAAUUGAAGGAUUUCAUAUUUUGAGGUGAAAGUUCAUUGUUCAGCUGUGUGACACAUACAAAUACAAUAAACGUCGUCUUUAAAUUUAUUAUCAUAAAAUUCUGCGAAACUUUAAAGAAAAGAAUAAUAGCAAAAUACAAAAAUGCAAACGUCACAAGGAUUACUACAAUUAUUAUGGAUUGUUUUGGUGACAGUCUUUACGAGAGAUAUAUUGGCCCUACGUGACGUUCGGGUUAAAGUACCACAUGCGGUGCGUCGUGGCCAAAGAAUUACCAUGAAAUGUCACUAUGACAUUGAAGACGAUACCCUGUAUUCGGUGAAAUGGUACAAAGGCAGACGUGAGUUCUACAGCUAUACGCCGAAUGAAAAUCCGGCAUUGAAGGUCUUUCAAAUACCAGGUGUGCGGGUCGAUCGCCACGCUUCCAAUGAAACACAAUUGGUAUUGGAUUCUGCCACCAUGGCAACGGCUGGUAAAUAUUCAUGUGAGGUAUCAGCCGAUGCUCCAUCUUUUCAUACUUUAAUAGCAGCCGCUGAACUGGAGGUUGUAGAAUUGCCCCACAAUCCGCCUUUUAUCACGGGAAUGCGUGCCCGUUACCAUGUCGGUGAUAUAUUACGCGGCAAUUGUACAUCACGACACUCGAAACCAGCAGCAAAUCUCACAUGGACAGUGAAUAAUGAAGAGAUCCACCCGUCCUAUGUGCGUCAUUACAAAAUUCAUCGAGAUUCACGUAAUGACAUGCAAACAGCAACGAUUGGCUUACAUUUCGUCAUAAAUGAAUAUCAUUUCGAAAAUGGUAAAUUAAAGAUACGUUGCAUAGCUGAAAUUGGCGACAUAUACCACAAGUCAUCGGAGAAAACUCUACUGGAUAUGGACUAUCAUCACAAAUAUUUGGCCAGUAAUACGGUGAACAUGAUACCCACAGAUCAUGAACAUGACUAUGACCAAUAUGCACUGCAGGAUGGUGAAAUGUUACGGAAAGAGGAUACAUAUUUUACGCAAAUAACGGAUUUCUUCAACAACUUUAUGAGCUCAAAUGAUGCCGAAAUAUCUGCAUGGUCUUCGGCGAGUUCAACCAACACCUUGCAGUUGUUAUCCUUCUCGACGAGUGUUGUCUUAAUUAGCUUUGUGCAUUUGUGUUGGUAUUCACAAAUCGUUGAACGAAACUUUUCAUGAAAACAUUAACAAGUUAAGAGGACUUAUAAUAAUUAGAAUAUACACUACAAGCACAACACAAACAAAAGAACACAAGAACAACAAAAACGACAACAACAACCAGAAGAAUACAAUCCUUAAAGGGUAAAUAUUUGGAUUUCAAAUGACAAAAAAAUUAAAGAGAAAGAACAGGAGCGGGAAAUGGAAAUUCAAAAGGAUUAAGCGUAAAGUAUAUACACCUACACAAACACGUUCACAGUUACACAUACCAUACAACACUACAACAACAAGAAAAACAAAUCCACAAAAUAAACCUGAUUUAUUUAUAAGUUUUUGUGUUUCAUAGUGCCACUUUCAAGAAAAUAUAAAAAAUAAAUAUACUUAAAUAUAUUUUGUAAUAUUAUUUAAAAAAAUAAAGAUGAACGAAAAUAAACAAAACAAAUAGUAAGCAAAUCUUAUUGUAUUAUAAUUGAUAAUUAUAAAAAAUAAUAAUAAAACGUGUUAAAAUUGUAAAAGUGUAUAGAAGGUUUACCUUAAAAAAAUAAAGAAAUUAAAUAAAUUUGUGAAAUGUGUGAAAAUAAAAACCCAAGCAUGGAUUGAAAAGUCGUGGGCCUUGGAAGAAUUUUAAAUCAAACUGUAAUAAAAAUAGGCCUUAACAUAACCUUCUUUUCUAGGAUCUAUAAAUACACUGUGCUACACAAAAAUAAUUACAGGGAAAAUCUAGCAGAAGAAGAAAGUACAGCUGAAAAGGGAAGACACGUGUUUUGGUGUUUUGAAAACAUACAUCUAAAAGUAACUAGUGGAGGCAAGUUCCCCCUCUUCCACAUUUGUAGACAUUUUUGGAUUAAGAUUCCUCCGAAUCCGUGCAUUUUAGGUAUAUAGACUGGAGAUAUAGCAUCAGAAUCGGAGGUACCUCCAGAAAAUUAUGUUUUGAAUGCACGUAUCUAUUGAUCGGUUAUAGAUACAGUUUCCAAAUUUAGAAUGCGUAACGGAAAUCGGUAUAAAAAUAAAUUGACCAAAUUAUAUUGAAAUCGGUUCAGAUUUGUAUAUAGCUCCCACAUAUAUUUUUGGUCGAUUUCGCAUAUUAGAUGCACCAAACACGAUAUAUAUAUUCGAUUUCAAUAAAAUUUGGAAAGACUGACGGAAUUUGAUCAGAAAAUAAUUUUGCCAAAUUAUAAAAUCGGUUCAGAUUCGGAUAUAGCUCCCAUAUAUAUAAUUGGCCGUUCUCACAUAUUUAAUGCAACAAACACUGUAAUUUUGUCCGAUUCCAAUGAAUUUUGGAAUGAAUGACCGAAUUUGGUUAAAAAAAAAUUUGCGAAAUCAGUUAAGGUUUGAUGUAGCUUCCAUAUGUAUUUUCAGCCGAUUUCGUAUAUUUGAAGCACCAAUGAUGAAAUUUGGAACAAAAACGGUGUAUUACUGUUAUAUGUGGGCUACAUGAUAUCGUGGACGUAUAUAGAUAAUUCUCUUUCAAUGACUAAAGUACUAACAAGGAACUCGUUGUGCGGAUUUUCUGAAAAUUCCAUUGGGAAUGUGGCUAAAACCAUUAAAAUCCCGAAUGUCGGGGGAUACCGUUACAUGGGGUUUAUACGAUAUUUUGGGCCUAUAUAGAGAAUUCCUUUUCAGGGGUGAAGUGCUCACAAGGAACCCCUUGUGUAGAAUUUUAGACAAUUCCGUCGAAAAAUGCGGCUAAAAUAAUCGAUAUACCGAAUAUCGGGGGUACCGUUAUAUGGGGGAUAUCGUGGACCCAUAUAGACAAUUCUUUUUCAGGGCGUAAAGUGCCCACAAAGAACUCCUCGUGUGGAUUUUCAGACUAUUCUAUUAGAAAAUAUGGCUAAAAUCAUCAAAAUACAAAAUAAUGGGAGAGUUACAGUUAUAUAGGGGCUAUACGAUAUCGUGGACCUAUAUAGAUAAUUCUCUGCCAAGAAAUUUAAUUUUAGAACUUUACGCUGAUCAAGAAUAUAUUUUCUUUGUUGGGUCUAAAAUGAUUAUUUCGAUGAGUUGCAAACGGAAUGACGAACUUAAUAUACCCUCCAUACUAUGUAUGGCGGAGGGUAUAAAAAAUGUCGUCAAAUUAGCUGAACCUGACAUAUUCACGCGUUUGCGGACCGAUCGAUUUCUUUGUUUACGCGCCUGAACGAAAAACAAAUAAAACAAAAACAAGUAAAACAGCAGCUAAGUUCGGCCGGGCCAAACUUUUAAAACCUUCCACCAUUUUAAAGAAACUUGAAACAUUUAAAAAAAAUCCGUAGAAAAAUUAAACUCUUUAUAUGGGUCUAUACGAAGACGAGGCCCUUCAUAUGUAAUUUUUUGUCAUAGGCUGUAGUACCAAAUUUCGAAACAAUUCCGGUGAAUUAGAAGUAGAACCAUUAUGAACUUCAAAUACCAAAUUUGAAACAAUUCCGGUGAAAAAUGUCGCUAAAAUCGUCAAAAUACCGAAUACGGGAGUUAUCGAUAUAUGAGGGCCAUACGAAAACAUGUCCUUUUUAACCUUGCUGCUGGCAAAAUAUACAUGUGUGCAACAUUUGAGCCUUCUAUCUCAAUCCGUUCCAAAUACAGCGUGAUUACAACAGACAGAUAGAGAGACACACGUUGUAAACUUUCAAAAAGCCGAAACACUUAUCUUUUUUUAGCUCUACUUACAUAAUCUGCUCUAAUCAUUGAAAAAUUUUGGAUUUUGUUGCUCAGAGAUAUUUAAGAAAUCAUAUACAAUAUUGACACUACAAGUUUUUAACUAACAAAAAUGCCUUUCCUUCAUCAAAACCCUAGUGCUGAAAAAAAAAAAAAAACAGGAGUAAAACGCAAUGAACUUUCUCAAAUAACGACCUUUUCUAUAAGGAAUUCUCGUUUACAAUGAAGAAAACUAUUUUUUAAUAUCAAACCACUUUUGAUGUGUUUCUCCCGCUGCGAAAUUUUUUUUCCAAUUUUUCUCCCCAAUAGAGUAAUCUAUCAAUCUCGAAAAGUUGUUCUAAUAAUUAAUUCUAAGCCAAAUAUUUCCUUUCGCUAUCUUGAUUUCUGACUAUAUAGUCAUUUUGGUAAACUUCAAUAUUUAAAGAAGGCCCAGUACUUUUCAUCCCAUGCCCAACCAACGAAAACGGUUUACUGUAAUGCUGCUACAAAUUCAACAAGUUGAGGAACUAUUAUGCUCAAAAUAAAGUGAAAUACAAAACGAAAUACCAAAAAACAAA